GAAAAAUAAAAAUUGAUCCCACUUCAACUGUAUCAACUUAUACUAAUUACAAAGGCAUACUUUAUUAUACAAAAAAGCAUGUAUCAUCACUUUGCAAUAACUUUUUAAAGUUUCACUAGUGUCACAUGCAUUUUCUAUAAAACUAUCUUCUUGUACCUUUCACAACUAAUGAAUUAUGAUCGCCAUCUCUCACCCGGUGCCGGUAGCAUGGCUAAUAAUAAGAGCAAAGUCGAGCCAAAAACUCACGAAGAAGAUCUUCGGUCUAAGGGAUCACCGACACCUACUAUAGGCUAUAAUAAGAAGAGUCGAUGAACAUGUUUGGAAGAGAAAAGAGAUCAAGAUUUUGACCGACUUGAAAACGUAAGUGUGGUCAACGGCAACCACAAUGGAUAAUAGUCGAACAUCAUGUGUCUUUCUCUUUGACCGGGCAACUUCGGAACCUUUGGCAAUGUUUCUCUCUAUUUUUAGGUUUUGUUAUUGUUGAUCUUUCUAUAAUCUAUUUGUAGUAGGUCUUGUUGUUAUUUCGAUUGAACGGAACAUUAUCCUCGUUUACACUAAUGUUUUUUUUUUACGAGCUGAGCAACACAUAUAUUUGCUCUGCAUAAGAAAAAGCUUUAAACUCGAUCAAACGCACUCUUGACGGAAGGUGAAAACACAGCACAGAAGAACACCAAAGUUCUUUGUUUUGGUUAUAAUUUUAUCUGCUUGAUCACGUUUCUUGUUACAUGAACACAAUUGAGAAAAGAAAGAGAAAGAAGCUCCCACUUUGCUCUGUU